AUGGCCGGCCACCACCACCGCGCCAGCAGCGGCCUGAAACAAAAAAACAAGUCCCACAAAACCACAAAGUCGAACCGCGCCCAGAAACGCGCGAGCGGCGCGGGCCGCGUCGAGCGCGCGGGCCCGGGCCGCCGCGCGGGCGCCGCCGCCGGCGCCAAGGAGCAACGGCGACGACGGGCCCAGCAGCUGAAGGACCAGCGCCAGCGGUCGUCGAGGAAGCCUCAGGCGACCGACGCGCCCUUGACCUGCGCCGUCGUGCCCCUCGCGGAAAACGCUGCUAUAGAUGUAGCAAACGCCUUAAGGGAGGACAACAUACAAGUCAUCGAGACGGCGCACGGCGACGUUCGAAGUGCAUUGCACGCGGCCGCGGCGUGUGAUGUGGUCGUCUGCGUGCUGGCUCCUACGAAGAAAAGCGACAUGGACACGGAGGAGCCCGAGACCUACUCGCCCGAGGCCGACGAUGUUUUGACUGCUUUGAAGUCCCAGGGCUUGCCCACCAUCGUCGGCGUCGCUUCGGGAAAUGCCCCGGACGCGUAUCGCCUGGAUAUAGCGCGACGGUUCUUCAAGGACGAGUUUGGGGAUGCGGUGCCGUGGUGCGACGGCGCGGCAAACGCGCCGCAAGCCGUUAGGGCGGCUCCUUCGAAAUUGCCGCGCUGGCGGCAGACGCGUUGUCGCAUCCACGUCAAGAACGCAUCAUCCGAUGGCACUCUACUAGAUGUCGAAGGCUGGGUCCGCGACGCUCCUUUAGCGUUGAAUCGACUGGUGCACGUGCGCGGCGUGGGUGCCGCGCGCAUCACAACUUGCGAGGUCUACGCGACGUCCGACGCAACAACACCAUCAGAAACCUUACAAGGUUCAUGUGACGAGCCCCUGAAGUCGGCCGCGACGCCGGACGAGCUCAUGGGCGAGCAGAACCUCGAGAACAUGGAGGAGGAAGAAGUAGAACAACCAAGGAAGCUGAGGAGCGACUAUCAAGCCGCGUGGGACGGUUCUGAUGACGACGACGACGAUAAUGACGGCAUUGAUGUGGAGGCCCUGAACACGUCCACGCGCGAAGAGGAGGUAGAAGUGAAGAAACCACUAACUUUACAGGAGCGCUACGACGAGGACGGCGAGUUUCCCGACGAGGUGGAAGUGCCCGCCGGGUGCGCGGCGCGAACGCGGUUCGCGCGGUACCGGGCUCUGAGGGACGUGCAGGCGUCGCCCUUCGAUGCGCACGAGGCGCUGCCGCGCCAGUACGGCUACGUCCACACUCUCAGAAGGUUCGACGCGGAGCGCAAGGCAGCCUUGGCCGAGAAGGGUGAGGUCGGCGUGGGCGCCUACGUCAAAAUGAGGUUGGAGACCGUGCGUGCGUGUGAUGCUUCUUCCUUAAUCAACGAUUCUGCCGGUGUGUCGUCGUUAUUAAAACAUGAGAACCGUCUCACUGUGUUGCACUUCCUCGUGAAGCGCACGACGCUAGGCGUUGGUGAUACGCAGCCUUUACCAUCCAAAGAACUCGUCGAGGUCGUCUGCGGCCACCGGCGGUGGCGGGGCCGGCCGAUCUACUCGUCGCACGGGCCCAAGAGCGCAAGGGCUUUAUCAAGCCGGUUUCUGCGGCCCGGCGACCACGUCGUCUGUUCUGUCUUAGGACCCCUGACGUACGCGCCGGCGCCCGUCGUCCUGUUUCGUGCUAGUGGAGAGGCCUGCGCGAUCGGCUCGGCGCUGACCUGCGACCCCGACCGCAUCAUCCUGAAAAGAUGUAUUUUGUCGGGCGUGCCGUUACGAACACAUAAACGCAAGGCCACGGUCUACAAGAUGUUCGAGAAUCCCGAGGAUUGCGCGUACUUCAAGCCCGCGCAGCUCGUGACGAAGCACGGCCUCACGUGCCACAUGACCUGCCCCAUCGGCACGCACGGCCACUUUAAAGUGGCACUUUCGAGGCCUAUGUCGCAGGCGGACACGGUCCUCCUCAAGCUGUACAAGAGGGUGUAUCCGAAGUUCGAGGGGGCCGACGACACGGACGUGGUGGUUGCGUAAGAUAUAUGUUUACA